AAUUCAAUCCAUCUCCAUCCUCGUAUUAGAACAAACAAAUCUGUAAUCAUGAGCUGUGGAGAUCAUUUUGUUGAAACACUGAGGAAAGUGGGCUAUACUAAGGCACCUAAGCUAGAAGGAGAGGAUUUUGACUGGUUAUUUGAAACUGAGAACAGAGCAUUUCUAGAUUGGUUUUGCGCAACUGCUACUGAGCAAAGUGUUUUAAAUGAUGAAAAACUACAAGCAUUUAAUUCUUUAAAGGAGUCCGGUAAAGGUAUACUGGACGAGAAAGCUUUGGAGGAGCUUCUGAAAACCUGUAAGCCUGCAAACUCCAAAUUAUCUGCUAUGGAAGAAGUACCGAUAGACAAAUUGCAGGAAGAACUUGAAGCUUUGCAAAAACAAAAAACUUUAUAUAACAAUCGACGUAAUAAAUUGCAGAUGAUGGCUUCAAGCAACAGUCAUUUGUGCUUAAAAUUCAAAGAUAAAGAAGAGGAGGAUUCAAAAUUACUAAAUGAAAAAUUAAGUGAUCUUAAAAUCACAAAUGACAAGCUGAAUCAUGAGCUUAAAUCUGUAAUUGAAGGUGUUGAGAAGCUAUUAUCAUUUUUCUCCGUUCCUGAAGCAGGUUGUGAGUUGCAAUAUGAACCAGUGUUUUUGUCCCAAGUUGUCCUUGACAAAUACUUGUCUCAUGAAGAACAAAGCACGGCCACUCUCACAUUAUUUACUAAAGAACAUUUUUAUAAUGGUUUCUCUAAGAUUACUGAAAGUGAAACUUUUCAGCCUGCUGGUCUAAAUGCAAACUCCUCUUCUAGUGAUGAUACUGAAGACAAAUUCAAAGAGAUGAUGAGACUACAGCUGGCUUAUAUCUGUGCAAAAAACAAACUUAUUCAAGUCAAAGCCAAAAAUGCAAGUUUAAAAGCUGGUCUACAGUGGGUGGAGGAUAAUGUGUGCACUGUGCAGAGCAAGUGUCUGCCUAUCAGAGCACAGCACAUGGAGAUCGUAGGAAUCUGCACUCUAGCAGUGAACAUGGCAGAAUCUCACGACGAUUCCUCCCCCUCUUCUGUCUGCGGCUGCUUAUCUUCAGCUCAGUCCACUGGAGGAUAUGUGAUGAUGUGA